AUGUUCCCUCCGAACAAGAUCGAAGCGCGUAGGUCUGAAUGGAGUAAAGCGCGACUCGCUAUUAAUAGCUUUGUGUUGCGGGCAGACUACGGCGGAUACGGAGGGUACGAGGGUGGCUACGGCGCGCGCGCGGCUCCUCGCGGUAAAGGUACUGCCGACCUCUGCUCUUGUUCCACUUCAUCGCCUCCAUGUCACCCGCUUCGGUGCCGCCACGCCCUCGGGCCCGGUGGCACCGAAGCGCGACCGGGUCGAAUUCGGCUGCGGGCGGCGGUUACCAAGGAGGCAAACAGCGCGGCGGAGGCGGAGGCCGGGCUAACCAGAGGCACCAGCCCUACUAGACGUACGCGUACCUGUCGAUCAGAAACUCAUCACUCCAUUAAGGUUAAGUCCGGCGGAGAUGAGCGCGACCCGCGCGAGUUCGCGGGGCAGCCUCAUUUUAUUCCAUAUUGUAAUUUAAGAAAAUUGAAUAGGAAGGUUUAA